UUUUCAUUCUUUUUUGUACUUAGAACAAAAUUUUGAAAAUAUAUGGGUUCUUUGUUAAUAAUGCAAAAGGGUGGUGUGUGUUUAUGGGUAUUUUUGUUAUUAUUGUUGUUCACUUAUAGCAGCUUCAUUUAUAAUGUGGAUGCUGCAAAUAGUGAAAAUGGAAAAGUUUUGAUUGAUGGUAAAAGUAGGAUUGCAGAAACAGAUAGUAAUUUUGUAUGUGCAACAAUUGAUUGGUGGCCACCUGAGAAGUGUGAUUAUGGUACUUGCAGCUGGGAUCAUUCUUCUCUUCUCAAUGUGGAUCUUAACAACAAAAUCUUCAGGAAUGCCAUUAAAGCUUUUUCUCCAUUAAAGAUCAGAUUAGGAGGCACUUUGCAAGAUGAAGUUAUCUACCAAACCAAAAAGCUUGAUGAACAUUGCCAUCCGUUCAUUAAGAACACAUCUACGUUAUUCGGUUUUAGCAAGGGCUGCUUGCCUUUAUCUAGAUGGGAUGAACUCAAUAGAUUCUUUCAUGAAACCAGGGCCGUGUUUACUUUUGGACUAAACGUUCUCGUGGGAAAGACAGUGGUAGCCAAUGGUUCUACUGUUGGAGCUUGGGACUCAAGGAAUGCUGAAGCUCUAAUCCGCUACACAGUUAAAAAGAAUUAUACCGUAUUUGGUUGGGAACUUGGGAAUGAGCUGAGUGGAAAUGGAAUCGGAACAAGUAUAUCAGCAUCUCAGUAUGCUCGUGACACAGUAAGACUAGGCAAUAUUGUGCACCGUGUUUACAAGGAUAUUGAACCUAAGCCACUAAUCAUCGCACCUGGAGGUUUUUAUCUCACAAAAUGGUUCACAAAUUUUUUAAACAGCACAUCAAAGACCCUCAAUGUAAUCUCUCACCACAUCUACAAUCUCGGCUCAGGGGCUGAUAGGAACCUAACUGCAAGAAUUCUUGAUCCAUCGUAUCUUGAUGGGUCGAUUGAUACUUUCAAACAACUUGAAUCCACCAUCAAUACUUCUGCAUCUUCGGCAUCUGCUUGGGUUAGCGAGGCUGGUGGGGCUUACAACAGUGGCCAGAAUAAUGUUUCUAAUGCAUUUGUGUACAGUUUCUGGUACUUGGAUCAACUGGGAAUUUCGUCUGUUUAUGACACGAAAACAUACUGCAGACAAACUUUGAUAGGAGGAAACUACGGUUUACUCAAUACCACCACCUUUAAGCCAAAUCCAGACUACUACAGUGCGCUUCUUUGGCACCGACUAAUGGGGAGGAAAGUUCUAUCUACACGCUUUAUAGGCACCAAAAAGAUACGUGCUUAUUCACAUUGUGCGAAAGAAUCAAAAGGAACAUCGUUAGUACUAAUGAAUCUAGACAAUACCACUACAAUUGAGGUAAAAUUGUCGGUCAACAGUACUUGGAGGCUACACAAGCACAGAUCCCAUACUCAUCAUCAGCAUAAACCAAAGCACGCUCAUUCAGAACCAAAGCCUACAAAGGUUGCCGCAACAAGAACAAGAACACGAGAAGAAUAUCAUUUGACACCACAAAACGGAGACUUGCAUAGUAAAGUAAUGAUGUUAAACGGAAAACAACUGACAGUGAAUUCAUCCGGUGACAUUCCUUCAUUGGAACCUUUGUACGUAAACUCUUCAGACCCGAUAACAGUUGCUCCCUAUUCUAUUGUAUUCGUUCAUAUUCCACAUUUUACGUUGUAUGCUUGCAACAGUUAGGCACUAGUAGCCGAGAAUUGGUUUCGGUUUGGUUAUAGAUAGUUAUUUAUACAACAUUGAUCAUAUAAAUGUUAUGUACAACAUAUAUGUUUUAUAGCAAAAUAUUUAUACAAGAAAUAUAUGUC